CUCUGCUGUCUCCCAGCAUGCUCUGGGAAGAGCCACUCUGAAGAGAGAGCCAGGGACUGAUCCAAGAUGCCUUUGACUCCUGAGCAGCCCUCGGGGUACACGGAAGGCCUCCCCACUCCUGAGGCAGCCCUGUGGCCCCCGCUCCCCUGCGGGCCCUGCAUCCCCAUCAUGCUGGCCCUGGCCUCCCUGGCCGCCUUCUUCAUCGUGACCACGGCCGUGCUGGCCGAGCGCCUGUUCCGCCGCUCGCUGCGCCGGGACCCCUGCCAGCGCGCGCCCACCCUGGUGUGGCGCCCCGGAGGAGAGCUGUGGAUCGAACCCACGAGCACCGCCCGAGAGCGCUCCGAGGACUGGUACGGCUCCGCUGUGCCUCUGCUGACCGACAGGGGCCUGGAGCCUCUUGCCCUGGGGGGCACCCUGGAGGCCGGAGCCGCUGCCCCUUUACACCCCUCAGCCCCACACCCUGCUCCCAGCUCCUUGGCGCCCCAGGCGCCGCCUGCAGUGACCGCCUGCAGAAGCACCUUCGGGGGAUCCCAGCUCUGCGGGGAAACCGCCCCCACCACAGGCGUGGUGAGCUGGACCGGGCCUGACCUGAGACCAGAUCCCCGCGGGCCUUGUGAGCCCCCCCAGGCCUGGAGGCAGCGGCCCGGCAGCCCUGAGCCCGACUGGGGUCUCCAGCCUCGGGUCACCCUGGAGCAGAUCUCGGCGUUCUGGAAUCGCGAAGGCCGGACCAGCGUGGGGUUCUGAAGCCCCCGGGCCCCAGGGCCCCAGGACUGGCUACCUGGAGAUUUCUAGAGAGGGCUCCACUUCACAGAAACCUCCAGGCUGUAGCCUCCAAGCGGAUCUGGGGGUUGCAGGCACCUGCCAGGCCUCUGAGGCCUGGGUUUCUAUUCUGCUGGGCCUGGGCGGUGAGCAAGCGUGAGUGUGCGUGGCCUGUACUUCAAGAAACUGCCCCGGAAAGCCUCGGUUCAACUGCGGAGGCUGCGGCUGAGGGCGAGCGGCACAGCAAGCGGACUCCAUGCCAGAAAUCACAGCGCAAUUCCCAAGUAAGAAAAGGUAUCCAGACUGGCAGGAAAUAGCAUCUAAUCAACCAUCUUCUACCCCUUCCAUCCGUGCGUAGCUAGGAUGCCCUGAUGGCGGGAAAGCAUCCCAGGCGGCUGCCCCGAUGGGGUGCUGACAGGUAGCGGCUGUGUUGGCAGGAGAUGGCAGGAAUCCAGCUCUCCAGAGCCACAGUUCUUGUCUCUCCUUAACUGUUCACCCUGCCACUCGCCAUGGCCACUGAGAGGUUCUCCAGG